AUGGAUGAAGACGAAUUUCGCUUCCUUCAUCGUGCAGACGAUGCACCACAGAAUCCUCAGGCUCUCUUUGAGGAUGCAAUCAUUGAGCCUUUUGGUGGUCGGGCCGCUGAACCUAUUGCCGGAGAGACCGAGAUUCCGACAUUUGCCUCGUACCAGGAGGAGAUUGGAGGCUCUGAUGAGAAUCCGUACCAUCCGUACACCCACUUCAUCGAUUGGGCUGUGGCGAAAUGGGCCAAGGUGCGUGGCCCAGGAGAUACUGCGUUCUCUGACCUUCUGAAGAUUGAUGGUGUUGCCGAAAGGCUGGAGCUGUCGUACAAGAACUCAAAAGAACUCAAUAAGAUAAUCGAUAAGAAACUCCCUGGACGCCCCGAAUUCAAGCGUUAUGAGGUCGAAGUGGAAGGGAAAAUGGAGGAAGUCUUCCUCCGAGACAUUAUGGAAUGCAUCCGAGCACUUUAUGGUGCAGCUGACUUCGCCCCGAUCCUCGUUUUCGCCCCCGAACACCAUUAUACAGACCCCUCUAAAACUCGUGAUCACCGUGUAUAUUCCGACAUGCACACAACGGAUUGGUGGUGGAAAACUCAGGUCGCAUUGGAGGAUAUCAAGCCCGGUGCAACCAUCAUCCCCGUCCUCAUUUCGUCGGACAAGACUCAGCUUACAGUCUUCCGAAACAAAUCAGCGUAUCCCGUCUAUAUCACCAUCGGUAAUAUUCCCAAGGACAUCCGCCGAAAGCCGUCUCGCCAGGCGCAAAUCUUACUCGGCUACCUCCCCGUUACCAGCCUUAAGCACAUUAAGAACGUUGACGUACGGCGACGUGCUCUUUCAAAUCUUUUUCACUCUUGCAUGCGGUUGGCGGUCACGCCGAUGAAGGGACCAGGACGUGAGGGGGAGAACAUGGCGAGCGGAAACGGUGUAGUUCGACGGUGCCAUCCCAUUCUUGCUGCCGCUAUCUGGGAUUACCCUGAACAAGUUCAAGGUGCACUUGUCAAGACCGGCGAGUGCCCGCUAGGCGAAAUCGACCAUGAUCUCAUGGGCGAAAAUGUCGAGUGCACCCGUCGCGACAUCAACACUAUUCUCGAUGCGCUAGAAACCUGGUCUCAAGGACCCGUCGCUUUUGUUCAGGCCUGUCGAAAGGCCGGAAUCAAACCGAUUGUCGAUCCAUUCUGGAGCGACCUUCCGUUCGCCAACCCCUAUUAUUCCAUCAUGCCCGACAUCCUGCAUCAGCUUUACCAAGGUGUCGUUAAGCAUCUCAUAGCGUGGUUGAAAUUGGUGUAUGGCGAGGCGGCUCUUGACGCACGCUUUCAGCGUCUUCCACCGAAUCACAAUGUCCGCCUUUUCUCCAAAGGCAUAUCUGUUCUCUCUCGCGUUUCUGGCGCCGAGCACGAAGAUAUCUGCCGUGUACUUCUGGGAGUAAUCGUCGAUCUUCCGCUUCCAGGUGGCCGAUCAGCUGUUCGUGUUGUUCGCGCAGUGAGGUCUCUCCUCGAUUUUGUUUAUCUCGCCCAAUACCCUUCUCACUCCGAGGCGACUCUCCGAUAUAUGCUGGAAUCCCUCACCACCUUCCAUGCUGAUAAAGCUAUAUUUAUUGAGCUUGGCAUACGUGAACACUUCAACUUUCCCAAAAUGCAUUCGCUCACACAUUAUGUUCCCGCUGUCCGCUUGUUCGGCACCGCCGACAACUUCAACACUGCAUACUCUGAGCGUCUACACAUUGACUUCGCCAAGGACGCAUAUCGAGCAUCAAACCGAAAGGAUGAAUAUCCACAAAUGGCGACGUGGCUUCUGCGUCGCGAGAAGAUCCACGUUCACUCUCUUUUUAUCCAGUGGCGACUCGAUGGAUGCCCACCGCCAUCAACACAUCCGCCCGAUCUACCUCCCAAGUUCCACAUUCACAUUGCAAACCGGCCCAACAUCAAAGCUGUCUCUUUCGCCAAUGCUGCCAGACUAUACGGUGCUGUUGAUCUCUCUUUAGCCCUUCGACAGUACAUUGUUCGCCGUACCUAUCCCGCUUUCACGCCACAGCAACAGAAAGAUACAGCCUCGACUUUCAUUCUUCCUUUUCAAUCUGUCGCGGCAUUCCACCGCAUCAAAUUCUGGAACUCAGACGCUCAAGGACGCGAUAGCGUUCCGUCCACCCUCGACGCUGCCCAUGCUCGACCUCCUUAUCGUGACACGCAGAACCGUCCUGUCCCUCCACGCUUUGACACAGUCCUCCUAGAUGAUGGUUCAGGCGAGGCGGAGAAUUGUGGCGUCGAAGGUUACCGAGUUGGACAACUGCGCAUGAUUUUCAGCCUCUCCAAGACAGCUAGGGAGAGAGUGUUCUCAGCUGGAGUUGAGUGGCCCACACAUCUUGCGUAUAUCGAAUGGUUUACACCAUUCAAGCGCGAGCCCGAAGCCCAUCAUCUCAUGUACAAAAUCAGCCGUGAAGUGCGUGGUGGCCGGCGGUUUGCUACUGUGGAGAAUGUGGAUGAUAUUCGUCGCAGCGUGCUGUUGAUCCCGAGGUUUGGACGGGUAUUAGAGACAAGCUGGACGAGCGACAACGUAUUGGAACGCUGUUCAACCUUCUUUGUUAAUUCACAUACAGACCGUCAUACAUUUAUUACACUUGUAUAG